AUGCUUGAGCCAUCACCAAACAUGCCAUGGUUCAAGGGAUGGAAUGUUGAGCGCAAGGAGGGUAAUGCCACUGGUAAGACCCUGCUCGAGGCUCUUGAUUCCAUUGUACCACCACAGAGGCCCACGGACAGGCCACUUCGUCUGCCUCUGCAGGAUGUGUACAAGAUCGGAGGUAUCGGUACUGUCCCAGUCGGACGUGUCGAGACUGGUAUCAUCAAGCCUGGUAUGGUUGUCACCUUCGCCCCUCAGAAUGUCACCACUGAGGUGAAAUCUGUUGAAAUGCACCACGAGUCGCUACCAGAGGCUGGACCUGGAGACAACGUCGGUUUCAACGUGAAGAACGUGUCCGUCAAGGAUAUUCGUCGUGGAUCCGUCUGCUCUGACUCGAAGAACGAUCCCGCCAAGGAGGCUCGCUCGUUCAACGCUCAGGUCAUCAUCAUGAACCACCCUGGACAGAUCGCCGCCGGAUACACCCCAGUGCUUGAUUGCCACACUGCACACAUUGCGUGCAAGUUCAACGAGCUGAAGGAGAAGGUCGAUCGCCGUACUGGUAAGAAGGUCGAGGACAACCCGAAAUUCCUCAAGUCUGGCGAUGCCGGAAUCGUCGAGCUGAUCCCCACAAAGCCACUCUGCGUCGAGUCGUUCACAGACUAUGCACCACUUGGUCGUUUCGCCGUUCGUGAUAUGAGGCAAACGGUCGCUGUCGGUGUCAUCAAGUCGGUCGACAAGACUGAGGCUGCUGGCAAGGUCACGAAGGCUGCCCAGAAGGCUGGAGUCGGAGCCAAGAAGAAAUAA